AUGAUUAAUCCGGUAUUCACCAACACAGCAGGUAUGGACAAGUCCUUACUUGCGAAGUACAUAAAGUUGCCACAACCUGAAGGAAAAACCAUGGUUACAUAUGUUUGGAUAGAUGGAAGCGGAGAAAAUCUGCGAGCCAAAACACGUACAUUCGAUAAGGAACCUCAGUCAGCAGACGAUAUUUCAUGGUGGAAUUUUGACGGUUCAUCGACUGGUCAAGCCGAAGGAUCGAAUUCAGAAGUAUAUUUGAAACCAGUGGCAAUGUUCAACGAUCCAUUUACAUUAGCAUCUAAUAAGCUUGUUCUGUGUGAAACAUACAAUUUUGAUAAGAAACCAACUAUGACAAACAAUCGAGCUGAUUGCUUCAAUGCAAUGGAGGCUGCCAAAGAUCAACAUCCAUUAUUUGGUAUUGAGCAAGAAUAUACAUUGAUGGACAGAGAUGGAUGGCCUUUCGGGUGGCCUAAAGGAGGAUAUCCUCAACCGCAAGGUCCAUACUAUUGUGGCAUUGGAGCAUGUUUGGCGUUAGGCCGUGACUUGGUUGAAGCCCAUUACAAAGCAUGUCUCUAUGCCGGAGUCAAUAUUCGAGGUACAAACGCUGAAGUCAUGCCAGCUCAAUGGGAAUAUCAAGUGGGUCCGAGUGAAGGUAUCGAUGCUGCUGAUCAACAUUGGAUGUCACGCUACUUGUUGUUGCGUAUUGCCGAAGAAUACGGUGUUCAAGUGAGUUUCCAUCCGAAACCCAUUGCUGGUGAUUGGAAUGGAGCUGGAUGUCACACAAAUUUCUCUACACUUGCCAUGCGUGAACCUAACGGAAUUGAAGUCAUAAUAGCUGCAAUCGAGAAACUCUCAUUGAGACAUGAAACACACAUCAAAGUGUACGGCAAAGACAACGAACGUCGAUUGACGGGAAAACAUGAGACCGCUAACAUCCAUGAAUUCAGUUACGGUGUAGCAAAUCGAGGUUCAUCCAUCCGAAUUCCUCGCCAAUGCGACGAAGAACGGUGUGGUUACUUUGAAGAUCGUCGACCUGCCUCUAACUGCGAUCCUUAUUGUGUAACAAGUCUUCUUGUACGCACAGUGUGUCUUAAUGAAAAAGACGCAAAAUAA